ACAUCUGGAGCAGAGACCUGAACCAGGAAGUUGGUCACCAGAUAACACGGUAACCAGUUUAAUCGUAACACCGAUUUUAUGCUAAGGCACUGCACUAGUAAAUAUCACACAUUUCACAGCCCGGAGCAAUUUGUCGACUAUAUGCUUUAAACGACAGCGUGGUUCAAUGGACUAUAUCUACGCCAUACGCUGCAACCUGCGGAAAGAUAUCUUUGUUCUGUUUCCUGUUUGCAUACCCAGUCUUCUUAGUGUAAACAACGGGAGCUGAUGUCUAUGCUUUCAGCUGCUGAGCAGCAGCUGAGCGCUUCAGUAAUGGGGAGUAUAGAAGAACCGGCGGUUGUCACAGCGCAGCGUUCACCGGUUCCACCGCGGAGCGACCACAUCUCCUUCCUGGAGGGACACAACCUGUAUGUCUGGGGGGGCUGCCAGUGUGUGGAUGGACAAGAAACAUUUUUGCCCAGUGAUGAGAUCUGGCUUUAUGACAUGGAGAGUGGAGUUUGGUCUCUGAGACAUAUGGGCGGAGAGGUUCCUCCUGUUCUUUCACAGGCUUGUGGUGCAUAUCUUCAGGGCAUGCUUUACAUUUUUGGGGGAUGUGACAUCAAUGGCCACACCAACACGAUGUAUUGUGUUGACCUGUCGGGUGUGGAAUAUAGCUGGAGAAAAGUGACAGACACAGUGGGAGGGACACCCUCUCCUAGGGUCAGACAUUCCUGCUGGGUCUACAAAAACAGGCUCAUCUACUUUGGUGGAUACGGCUGCAAAACAGUCAGAGAGGUCAACAACUCCAAGAGCUUUAUGGUUGACGAGACUAGCUGGACAACAAUUGGGUCAGAUUUUUUCCAGUUUUGGGGUUGGAAUAAUGAGGUGCAUAUGUUUGAACCUGUGUCAGCCACAUGGACUGAACCACAAACCCAGGGCCAGCCUCCAGAGCCCCGGUCCUCACAUGCCAGUACUACUUUAGGUCAUAAGGGCUAUAUCUGUGGAGGCCUGGAAAUGCAGAUGAUAGACAUUCAUUGUUUAGAUCUGGUAACAUGGACGUGGACACAAAUGUAAGUAAUGUUUUU